CUAUUGCCUGCUUUAUUGUUUUAUAAAGCAGUUUUCACUCAACAUUGUGACUGUCUCUUUUUGUGUGCGCGUUACAGAAUAACCAACCUCACCUUUGACAGUCACAAUGCCCCGCGCUAAGGAUUCGCGCAGCUCACUCGAGCGGAGAAGCACGUCACAUUCGGCGCGAGGAGCUAAAGUGUGGAGAGAGGACCACGCGCUCACGGCCCGGGGGCAGCAGGUAUGCACAAUGUCUGAUUUAUGUCACCCUGUUUCACCUGUGUCUGCCCCCGAGCCUGUUUAUGCAUCCAGUGCAUUUCUGAGCGCCGUGCACUCUUCGGGCGCUAACCUAGGGUUAUUUAUGUGAGGCAGCGGUUGUGUCACUCUUAACCCCGCCCUCAACAUCAUGGACCCAGCGGCCCAACUCAUGGUUUUGCGUCAGGGGAGCCAAACCUUGGAGGCUUAUGUCACUGAUUUUUGUGCCCUGGCCAACCAGGUGAAUUUUGAUGAGGUGGUUCUGAAAGACAUUUUUCAAGAUGGACUGAAUGAGCCAGCCUCAUCAUACAUGCCUGGUGGUCAAUGCUCUCUCAACCUGGCUCAGUUUAUUGACCUCGCCCUGCUGUGCGUUGGUUCCUCGUUUACUGUGUGGGAGGCAGAUACUGAACCGGCGCUCUACACCACGGCCCCCAUCUCGAAGCCUACCACGGCCCCCGUCUCGAAGCCUACCACGGCCCCCGUCUCGAAGCCUUACACGGCCCCCAUCUUGAAGCCUUACACGGCCCCCGUUUUUAAGCCUUACACGGCCCUAGUCCCGAAGCCUGUCACGGCCCCAAGUGUGUAGCCUCGACCGCCCCAGAGCCGGUUCUGCUCCGCCCCCAGAGUCUUCCACGGCUCUGCCGGGUUCUACUCCGCCCCCAGAGUCUUCCACGGCUCUGCCGGGUUCUGCUCCGCCCUCAGAGUCUUCCACGGCUCUGCAGACCUCUGCUCCGCCCUCAGAGUCUUCCACGGCUCUGUAGACCUCUGCUCCACCCUCAGAGUCUUCCACGGCUCUGCCGGGCUCUGUUCCGCCCUCAGAGUCUUCCACGACUCUGUCGGCCUCUGCUCGCCCCUCCGAGCCCUCCCGGGCUCCGCCUCUCGAGCCCUCCCGGGCUCCGCCUCUCGAGCCUCCCAUGGCUCCGCCUCUCGAGCCUCCCAGGGCUCCGCCUCUCGAGCCUCCGAGGGCUCCUCCUCACGAGCCUCCCAGAGCUCUACCCCUCAAGUCCCUCAGGGCUCCCCCUCCUUCCAAGCCUCUCACGGCUUCACCUCUCGAGUCUCUCAGGGCUCCAUCCCUCGAGUCUUUCACGGCUCCACCCCUCAAGCCUCUCACGGCUUCGCCUCUCGAGUCUUUCAGGGCUCCAUCCCUCGAGUCUUUCAUGGCUCCACCCCUCAAGCCUCUCACGGCUUUGCCUCUCGAGUCUUUCAGGGCUCCAUCCCUCGAGUCUUUCAUGGCUCCACCCCUCAAGCCUCUCACAGCUUCGCCUCUCGAGUCUCUCAGGGCUCCUCCGCCUCUCAGGGCUUCCCCUCUCGAGUCUUUCAUGGCUCCACCCCUCAAGCCUCCCACGGCGUCACCCCCCUCAGCUCUGCCUCCAGAGCCUUCCAGGGCUUCACCUCUGGAGCCUCCUAUGGCGCCACCUCCAUGGGCUCCACUUCCUGAGCCUUCCAGGCCUUCCCCCCUAAAGCCUCCUUCGGCUCCACCUCCAGAGCCUUCCAGGCCUUCCCCCCUAAAGCCUCCCUCGGCUCCACCUCCAGAGCCUUCCAGGCCUUCGCCCCUAAAGCCUCCGUCGGCUCCACCUCCGGAGCCUUCCAGGACCCCAGCUCCAGAGCCACCUACGGUGCCGCCUCUGACGGCUCCGCCUUUCACGGCUCAGCCCGGACUUCCUGACCCUCUACCUGUCCUGUGGCCUCUUCCCUGGCCUCCGGACCCUAUUCCUGUCCGGUGGUCACCUUCCAGACCCCCGGACCCAGUCCCUGUCCUCCAGUCGCCUUCCAGACCUCCUGACCCAGUCUCUGCCCUAUGGCUGCCCCCUAGAUCUCCCGACCACCCGCCUGUCUGCUAUGUUCCUCCUGACCUUGCCUUGAACUGCCCAUUGACCCCCAUGGACUGUUUUAUUUCCCUUUUGUACCUUCUAUCCCCCUUGGACUGCCCUCAUAUUGUUUGUGUGUUUUGUGGGUUUUCUGUUCCCUCGAGCUCACGCUCGUUCUGCACCCCGCGAGCUCACACGCUCGUUCUGCCCCCCGCGAGCUCACACGCUCGUUCUGCCCCCCGCGAGCUCACACGCUCGUUCUGCCCCCCGCAAGCUCACACGCUCGUUCUGUCCCCGCGAGCUCACACGCUCGUUCUGUCCCCUCGAGCUCACACGCUCGUUCUGUCCCCUCGAGCUCACACGCUCGUUCUGUCCCCACGAGCUCACGCGCUCGUUCUGUCCCCUCGAGCUCACACGCUCGUUCUGUCCCCUCGCGCUCCUUGCAGCCGAGCGCGGCCGUCAGGAGCCGUCCUAUUCAGAGGGGGGAGUACUGUCACGAACCCCGCUCCUCUGCCCCAUCUCCGCGUCCACGAGCACGCACACAUGCACUCCGCGAGCGUGCUCGCUUCCCGCUUCCUCGCUCCGCCCCCUUGAGCUCGUACGCUCUGUUUCCUCCCUCGGGCUUCCACGCCCGGUUUUGCCAUUACGAUCUCUCGCUCGUAAACUAUCUCCCCCCUCUCACUCAUGCUCGCUUCUCACGCGCAUCAGCCUGAACAUUAUGACCACAUGCACUCACGCGCUUCCCAUCCCCACACAUUAGUUUCACCUGCGCUCGUCUUGUCACCUUCAUUGUUCACACCUGCACCUUCCCCUAUAAAUACCCAGCACUUCCGUUUCACGGGUGUUGGUUAUUGUAUGUUUAGAUUCCCGUGUUUUGACCCCCGCUAGUCUCAUCUAGUUUUGCCCCCGCUAGUCUCGUCUAGUUUUGACCUCCCUACUUGUUACCUCUUAGCUUGCCAGCUCCUCUUGUUCCCCUGUCUUUUGCUCCCUCUAGUCCCCUCUUGCUACGUGUUUGUUUCAUCCUGUUUACCCCGACAUUGACCCUCGUUCCCCUCGACUACUCUCCCGGAUUUGCCCCCUUUAUAUCUUUGAUUCCCCGGCUUUUGACCUUACGCUCCCCCUUGACCAUUCUUCACUGGACUUGCCCCUUUUUGUACUAUUGCCUGCUUUAUUGUUUUAUAAAGCAGUUUUCACUCAACAUUGUGACUGUCUCUUUUUGUGUGCGCGUUACAAGAACAGGUUAGUAAUGAAGUUAAACUAGGAGAGCACUUUACUUUAAUGGUGGAUGAAACAAAAGAUGUGAGCAAAAAAGAGCAGAUAUCUAUUGUUCUGCGCUACAUACACAAUGAUGACAUUCAUGAAGAGUUUCUUGAUUUUGUUCCAGCUGAUGGUUUGGAUGCAAAGUCUUUACUUGUGACAGUGAAAGGGGCAUUGGCUAAAUUCAAUAUAGACAAAAAUGCAUGCGUUGGACAAUGUUACGACGGGGCAUCUGUAAUGUCUGGCUGCAACAACGGUGUUCAGGAAAAAUUUUGCAGAGAAGUCCCACAUGCAGUGUACAUCCACUGCCAUGCACACAGAUUAAACCUGGUUUUAGUUGACUGUGUCCAUAAUAUAAAACCAGUUGCUGACUGCUUUACCACAGUUCAGCUACUUUACAACUUUUUUCUGGUUCAGUAACUCACAAAGUGUUCAUGGAGAAACAAACAGAACUUGAGCCCACUAAAAGAGCUGUGGAAUUAAAACGUCUGUCAGAUACCAGAUGGGCAUGUCAGUACUAUAGUCUUUGGGCAAUAAAGCAAACCCUCCCUAGCAUCUUAGCCACACUGGAGGAAGUCAGCAAUCAAACAAAUAGCCAUAGAGCUCCUGAGGCUAGAUCACUAAAUGGCUUGAUUGAUGCACAGUUUGUUUUGCAAAUCUACAUGCUGGAGAACAUAUUUGGGCUCACAAAAACUUUAUCUGACCAACUACAGGCCACAGAUUUAGAUUUGGCAUCCGCCAUUGAUCUGGUCUUUGCACUGGUUGACACACUCAAAGAAGAACGCAAUGGUGAAACUUGGACCCAUCUGUGGCAGGGCUAAGUGACAUGUGUGAGAGAGUGGGCAUUGACAUGCAGCGCCAACAGGCAAAAAGAAAAAUAAUACAGCCCUCCCACCUGCAGCAGUUUCAUGUCAGCAAUAGCCACACAAGGAAAAACAUACUGCAAACACCAGAAGACUACAAAAUCCACUGUUUUUUCCCAGUACUUGACCGUUUAAUCAGUGAAUUGAAUAGGCGCUUCUCUGCUGACAGUUGCCACGUUAUGAAUGGAGUUGCAGCUAUUAAUCCCAAACACAAGACCUUCCUGCACCAAGAUGCCCUUCAACCCAUGGCUAGGCACUAUGGCAUAUUAGAAGACAACCUUUCACAGAACUACAUCAACUGAAACGCCUCAUUGACAGAAAAAAACAAAAUGGGGUUUCUCUCAACAGCACCCAUGACUUGCUGAUUCUAUUGAGGCCAUACAAGGAGGCUUUCAUUGAUUUAUACAAACUUGUGUGCAUCUCCAUGACACUGCCUGUAUCAACAGCUGCUUGUGAGAGGAGCUUUUCCUGCUUACGGCAUUUAAAAACCUACCUCAGAAACAAAAGUGGAGAUGUCCGAACCAGCAAUCUUGCUGUGCUGGCAAUCAGCUCAAGAAGAUCAAAAGAGAUGGAUGUAGAUGUUGUUAUUGAUCGCUUUGCAGCCAAUCAUAACAACAGGCGAAUUGUUCUCUUUUAAGUGGUGAGUACACUCCUUACAUUAUAAUUUAAAAGGUUUAAAUUGUACUGUAUUUAAUGUGUUAUAAACACAAUUGUUGCAGGAAAUCACACCUGUGGAGAAUGGAGAGAAGACAGCAGGAGACUGGAGAGUAAAAAGGAGCAGAGAAGAAGACAGGAGGAGACUGGAGUGUUAAGAGGAGCAGAGAAGACAGGGGGAAACUGGACAAAAGAGCUGUCAGUAUUGUAAAUCACACCUGUGGAGACUGAAGAGAGGAGAGAAGAUGCCAGGAGGAGACUGGACAAAAGAGGAGCAGAGAAGAUGCCAGGAGGAGACUGGACAAAAGAGGAGCAGAGAAGAUGCCAGGGGGAAACUGGACAGAAGUAGGGCAAUCAAAAGGUGGUGAGAGUAUGAGAAUAAAUACUAUUUUGUAAAUAUGUUUUCUGUCAUGGGUGUGGCUAUGGCAAUUAAAGUUUGAGCAUAUUGUUUGCAAACUGCAAUUGAUUAAUUAAAUAAAAACAAAGUAGUUGAUAUGCUGUGUUGUUUUUGUUAAGUAGCAGUAAUAUGCAGUUAUUAGCUGUGUCCACUGUAUUUUUUGUUGGUUUUCAUGAGCCUCCCCUUGAAAUUACCAGGACCCCCUAUUGCCACCCCAGUCAAAAUUGUCUUGAGCUAGUCACUGACUUCCAUGCUCCUCUAGAUAACCUUUUUAGUUUCGUUUCUCUGAACGGCAUCAAAAUAAGCGAGGCUAAUAAAUGACACUUGAGGUGGAAUUGAAACUGAAUUCUGUAAUUAGUCUGUAAUUAAGAUCACAUGGAUCCCAAAUGAUUGCGGUGCAAAGGCAUGACUGCCUCUUGACAACAAAAGGCUAGAAGCCUAUUUCACUUUACCAGUUAACCAACCAACCAUUUAUUUUCUUGUUAUUGCAUUUCGGGAGAGUGCGGUAAAUGUAGUUUUAUAUUUGACAUUUGUUUGACAUUCACGACAAUAUCCAUUCAACUCUCCGUUUCAAUUACCAACUUGGAAAUGAAUGAAUAGGGUUUCUUUGCCUAUAGUACAAAGCUGAAUUUUAAAAAGGAUUUGUUUUCAUAUAAAAUUUUAUUAGCCAUAUAAAUCAAUUAAACAAUUUAACUAUUUUAUAUUAUGACAUCACAACAAAUACAAAAUGUUCUUAAAAAUACCCCUUUCAUGACACAAGGCUCUGUUUGUGGAAUUUGCGUUCUACGUGUUUUCAAAUAAAUUUAGUAGUGUAAAUGUGUGUAAUAUUCUAAUUCCAUUAAACUCAAUGACCUAGAGACAUAAAACCAACAGUAAAACACUCAGAAUAUUAUUCUUUUUAUAUCACAAGACUUGUUUUUGGAAGUAAAUAUUUAGUACUUUUCAUACAGAUUCAAUUAUCCCUAUAAAUCUAUUAAACUCAAUGACUAUAGAAUCAUAAUAUAUGUAUAAAAAUUACUAAACAUUUACUCCCCAAAACAAAACUUGUGCUAUAAAGAAACACUUUGAAUUUGUGCUUCAAGCACAAAUCAAGGUUAAAGUGAGGCACUUACAAUGGAAGUCAGUGAGGCCAAUUUUUGGAGGGUGUGAAGGUGAAAUGUGAAGCAUAUAAUUUUAUAAAAGCACUUACGUCAAUUGUUCUGUUAAAACUGGUUUAUUAUUUGAGCUGUAAAGUUGUUUAAAGUGCCAUUUUAAUGGUCGUUUUGGGGUUUUAGAUUUAACAGCAUUACAUCAUCUUGGCAAUUAAGUAGAAAAAAUUUAUAUAACUUUACACAGAAGAGGUAAGUAAGUGACUGAUAUGUAUUCUAUUUUACUGUAUAGAUUUCCAGUAAGCAAAGUGCAGCCAAUGUUUAUUCAGUGAGGUAAUACUGUAUUCUUGUCAUGUAUUCCCUGUUUUUGUCUAGACUUUUAUAUUGAAAUUCUUGUAUAGUUCCCCGUUCCUGUUUCCUGUGCUAGUCUUGUAUUCCUUUUUAGUUUUAUUUCAUGAUUGGUUCACCCUGAUUGUUUCCCCAGGUGUUCCUGGUUUCCCAUGGAUUCUUUGUCAGUCUUCACAUGUGUUGUCAUGUUCUGUGCCUGGUUCUCUGUUUUUUUUUAUUUUUUUAUUCUGAAAUCUUUGUUUAACUUUUGUUUCAUUAAAAGCUGCA